AUGGUUUCAAACACACAUACUGAUGAACAAGAUAUACUCCACGGCUUGCAACCACACACAGGCUUGAAAAAGUUUACUGUUGAUAUAUACAAAGGUAAAAUAUUUCCAGACUGGAUUGGGCAUUCCUUGUACCAAAACAUGACAAGUGUAUCUCUACAAUAUUGCUGGAAUUGCUGCGUGCUGCCUUCACUUGGACAGCUGCCAUCUCUCAAGUCCCUGAGCAUCAAAAGAUUUGAUCAACUGACGAGCAUUGGCAAGGAGUUUUACAAGAAUGAAGGCCGUCAACAUUCUUCGCCAAUUGCACCGUUUCCCUCACUGGAGAGAUUGGUAUUUGAUGACAUGUCAUGUUGGGAGGAGUGGAGCUUACCUGACUCAGAAGCCUUUCCUCAGCUUAAGAGUCUUCAAAUAACAGCGUGUCGAAUGUUACAGGGAGAUAUGGUUAAUCAGGUAUUAAUGAGGAUCGUUUCUUCCUCAUCGGAUGUUUCCAAAGUGCGCCAACUGAAUAUACAAGAUGGUGAAAGAUGGAGUAAAAAGAUGAGACUUGAUGGGGAUAGGUUAUCAAUUAGUGGAUUUGAAUCUGUGGUGGAGUGUGCAUUUAAGGCAAGGAUCAUCCACCAUCUAAAUUCCCUCCAAGAAAUAUAUAUCUCAUGGUCUGAGUCUGUUGUAUCCUUGGGGGGCAAUUGUUUACCCAAAUCUUUGCAAAAACUCACAAUCUUUCGUUGCCACCGCAUUGAAUUACUCCAGCAACAACAGAAGUAUGAUUUGGUAGAUCUACAAAUAUAUGAAAGCUGUGAUUCACUGACCUCAUUGUCGUUGGAUGCCUUUCCUACUCUCAAGAAUCUCCAGAUAAAAGAGAGUUCAAAUCUGGAAUCAGUGUCAACGUCAGAGCCACCACACGCUUCUCUUCAACGUCUCACCAUCUUUAACUGCUCCCAAUUAGUGUCUUUUCCCCAAGAAGGACUGGCUACACCCAACUUGACUCAUCUCGAUGUUAGCAAGUGCUCGAAGUUGGAGGCAUUGCCACCUGGCAUGAAUACUCUUCUCCCAAACUUAGAGUCUCUGGACAUACAAGGUUGCCCAAACAUUUGUAGGUGGCCAGAGGGUGGUUUGCCGGCUAACCUGAAAGAGCUAAGUGUGAGAGAAUGCGAGGAACAAGUGAGGGGUCUAUCAUGGUUGGGCAACUUGGACAACCUCACUCAUCUCACCAUCUCAGGUCGUGGCAGUGGGAGCAUAAUAAAGUCAUACCCAGAGGUGGGUUCGCUGCCUCACCUUCCUUCCCUUACCACUCUUGAGAUAUGCUGGUUCAAGAAUCUGGAGACAUUGGAGUGCAACGAGCUUCUCCGCCUCACCUCCCUUCAGCAAUUGCACAUUUCAAGCUUUUGGAAGCUGGAGAAUAUGGCAGGAGAAAAGCUGCCUCCCUCUCUCUUGCUACUUCGAAUUCGAUGUUGUUCUUUGCUAGAAGAACACUGCAAGAACAAGCAUCAACUAAUCUGGCCCAAAAUUUCCCACAUCCCCACCAUUAAAUUCGUAGAUUUCUGA